AUGUACAUUCCCAGCCUUCCAACCCGGCGGUUGCUGGCUGCUCGAAGUGCCGGCAUGUCUGGUACUACCGCCGCUGGUAUCGGGGUCGCUGUCGGUGUUGGCGUUACAAUUUUGGCGUUGUUACUCGUCUUCAUUAUGAUUCGGAGGUUGCGGAUAAGAGAAGCUGAGCCCAGGCUUCUGCCUGGGAGAAGCAAAGCUAAUGCUCGAGUAGGAGGACUUAAUCGCAAUCGAACAACAACUACAACCCUUACGGCAGAUCUAUCUUCAACUGCGAAUCUCAAUUCACGGAACAAUCAGAUAACUUCCAAUCCACCUCACCGCGGACAGUCAAUACGCUCUAUUAUUACCUUACCAUCCUACAGUCGCCUGCCCAAAGAGGAAGAACAGGUCAUUGCCCGCGAAGGAGAGCGAGAAGGAAUGGACAUGGUCGUCGAAUUCCCCGAGACAGCUGAUGAAGAAGAAAACCGUCGAGAAGAGGAAAUGGAGUCACUAUAUCAAAUCAGAUUGCGACGGCGCGAAGAACUCGCCGAACGAGAUGAGAGACGUCGAUUACGUAGGGAAGCACGUGCUGCGGGUGAUACCGCCCGUCUUCAGCAGUUGAGUCGGGAUAGUCUGGCAGCUACGCGGGCAAGUAUGAGUAGACCGUCUGCGAAUGCUAUGCUGGCAGAGCAUCAGGCUCGAACUCGAGGUCGCCAUCGAAGGAUCUCGUCCGUAACGUAUGCGGAUAUUGGACAUGUUCGUCACGAUGGAUCACGGAUCCGCGCAAACUCGAAUGACUCGGACCAGCGUCCGUUACUCGAUUUGACACGGCAGUCGACGCAGUCCGUUUUCACUGUGCACAGUCACAAUCGCUCUUCUACGUCUGGAAUAAGUACACUCAGCGCUAGUGUUCACUCAGGCGACAACGAUACUCCUCCCAGCGAGUUGGGAGCGGAAGACGGAGAUCUCAGCACCGCACACAUUCCGCCGCCGAGUUACGACUAUGACGACUGGGGUGAAGCUCCGGCCUAUGAGAGUCCUAUUGCAGGUAAUGCGCGUCAUGAGGAACAGUUAUUACUGUCGCAGACCCUUCCGCAGAUUCGUAUCAAGACCGCGAGCCCUGCAAAUAGUACGCUUGUCUCGCCAGCUACACCAGCUACACCAGCCACUCCUGGCUCUCAUGAACCAGUCUCUGACCUGUCCGAGGAUCUAUCUCAUACAGUCGAUGAAACAUCUCGACCGAGUAGCUCUUCUCGGUCGGCCGAAACAUUGACCAAUUCAUCGGCUGAUGAACAUUAGAUUGACAGGCUUGAGGUUAUAUGAACCGAAGUCUUUCAAGGAAUUGACAAAAAAUAUGACGAAUUACGACAAAACGAUGUUGGACAUCCGAUGGCGGUCCAUAUAUGUAAAUCUUUGAUAUUAAGCAUGGCGUGCGUUUUGGGUACAUAUGGAUGAAUCUUGGAAAUGGUUUGGCGGGGGAAUAUACAUUCUUCUUUUUGUAAUGAUAUACAUUAUCAGGCAGUCUCUGUAAUGGAUGUUGUCCAUAUUGUUAUUUUUCUUUGCUCCUCGUUUUUCAGCUUUGGGUUUUAUGAUAUCAGCUCUGGUUAUGUUUCCAGCAAAGGCGUGGUUUUGAUGUUUUACGAUGCGAGAUUGAAUGCUAUAAGAAUAUUUAGACAUGUG